AUGGCGGAUCUGGCAGAUCUCUUGGCCAAGGUGCUUCCCACCGGGCUUGAGAUCACCGUACGUCAUGUCUCUUCAAUCCCAACUCCCUGUGCGGCUCUGUUCGCAGCAGCACCAGGUCAAGUCUCCGAGCCAACUUUCUGCGAAAAUCAUUUCCUCUCGGUAUCAAUUGAACCUGAGAAUGAGGGUGAAACAAUCAUCUUUGGAAUUGAGGUCUUGGUCUACAACACGGCCCACCUGACCACCAUCUUCGUCUCAAAGGCCGACUCGACGGGUUACCUACAUCACCUCAAAAUAUCACCCAAGGUCUCCGUCCUGAGACUCAUUUCUAAUACAUUCCUCUCCUUUCUGGCCCGAACCCGACAACGGCCUGGUGUGCGUCUGGUCAUCUCGCUGUUCGCCAGAGCCCAGAAUCAGUACCUGUUUCCGGGCAGCAUUGAAAAUGCCGAGAAGCACGUUCUCGACGACAGAGGUUUGAUUAAGUGGUGGUGUCGUGCUGUAGAUCCCAUUCUGCGCGAACACGAGCCUGAGUCUGCCCUUCAAGAAAAGAAGGAGGUGGAUCAAACAGUCGAAGCUGCGAGGGCCUCGGCCACUGCAUACCUGAUCGUGCCAGGCUGCGACCGCUUUGAAACACGCAACUUCUUCCCGCCCACGACCAAGACAGACCCGCAGGAUCGUCCGCGAUGGCUUAACGGCUACCCGCUGAAGCAAUUGUAUCACGAUCCCUCGGCUCCGCCUCGCUGCUUGGUGCCUCGUUUCCCGGAUGAUCCCAAGACCCGGUUCCUCAUUGACCUGGAUGACGAGCUUCCUGAAGAGAAGGAAGGUCAGCCCGUUGCUCCUAAUGCUGGAUACUGGCGUAGCGUCACGUCUCUCGAUCAAUUCUGGGAGAUGAUGUCGUUCCGCCAGGAGUGUUCUGCUGGGCGACUGGUUGGGUUUCUUUGGCUGGUUGUCAAUCCUCCUGGGUUGAUGAACAGCACGUCAAUGGAAAGCCAAACACGGACUUCCACCGACCAAGGUCAGAUCUCCGGCACAGAUGUGGACGCUAUUCCUCGGCAGACGGCGCCAGUUCAGGACAACCAGGCUGAGUCUAAGGAUCCCUCCGAGACAACAAGCUCUUCCAUCCCCCCGGAUACAUCCCUCCCUGCCCGGGAUGAUGGAUCUAGCGCCAUCAACCCCUUCGACUGGCCAGAGGCCGGACGCGGACAGGUUGUUCUCAGCGAAGCAGACUAUAAAAAGAUGAUGGACACAGUUCUGGACCAUUUCUACGACAAGAACGAAAUCGUUGCCAGCACCAAAGCCUACGUUGAUCAAGUUUGCUCCCUCGCCGACCAGCUCACAUGGGGCAAGAAGGUUGUCGGUAAAGAUACCCCCAGCGAUGCUUCUCAGCCUGCAAAAGUUCAGACCGAUAAUGUUCUCGAUCUCGGACUGAUUCGCAAGCGAAAGAAGUCGGGCGCGGACACCCCUGCGGAGGUACAGGCGGGUGCGGGAGAUACGCCGUCAGAACCGGCUGUCAACGUGCUCAACGCGAGCUUGGUUCGGAAGAAGAAGAAAACAUGA